AUGUUUGUAUAUCUUCUUUUGUGUUUAUUUCUAUUUCAAACAACCGACGCCCAAGGCGGACGGCCAGCACCGAUUCCCCCGAGGAAAUGGAUGACUCUCAAUGGCGGCCAGCCUGAGGUCGUGGCACACGGCGGAUACUCGGGAUUUUUCCCCGACUCGAGUCAACCCGCAUAUGACUUUUCUCUCGACAGUAGCAUCCUCGGCACGAUUCUAUAUUGCAACAUGCAUUUCACAAAGGAUAGCGAUGCCUUUUGUGUCGCAAAAAUGAACCUUCAGAACUCGACCAACAUUGACGAGUUCGACCCGAAGGGAGCCAAGACUUACAACAGAUAUGGACAGGAAGUUCGCGGUUAUUUCGGCUUGGAUUAUCCUGCACAAAUCAUCUUCGAGAACAUCACACUGCGCCAGAAUAUUUUCACGAGACAAGGCGUAUUUGACGGUGCACCUAUGGUCGGGCCGUUUCAAUUGGCCGAGGAUAGAAAUGGCAAGCCCACAAGGCUUUGGCUCAACAUUGAGAAUGACCUGUUCUACAAGCAACACAAAAUCCAUCCUGAAACCUUCAUCCUCGAGCAAUUGAACGUCCUGCCCGAGUUCAUUUCAUCACCUGAGAUCGGUUUCUUGAAAUCCAUCGGGCCAAAGUUGGGCCGAGCCAGAACAAAGCUCGUAUUCGUGUUCCUUGAUGCAAAUUUAGUAGAGCCAACUACGAACGCAACUUAUGGAUCGCUUGCCAAGAACCUGGCCUCGAUAAAAGCGAUUGCAUCUGGUAUUGUGGUCCCAAAGGAAUACAUCUGGCCCGUUAACCAGGCCCGUAUUCUCCAGCCCGCAACAACUCUUGUGCAGGAUGCUCAUAAGGCGGGUCUGGCUGUAUACGCCUCCGGUUUUGCGAACGAUAAUUUUUUGAGCUACAAUUAUAGCUAUGAUCCGGCUCGAGAGUAUCUGCAGUUUGUUGAUAAUUCUCUGUUUUCGGUUGAUGGUGUUUUUUCGGAUUUCCCUUCGACUGCUUCAGAAGCUAUUGGUUUAAUCAUAUCGCAUAAUGGAGCGAGUGGCGAUUUCCCCGGUUCAACUGAUCUCGCGUAUCAGAAGGCAAUUGAAGAUGGAGCUGAUAUUAUAGAUUGUUCUGUCCAAAUGUCCAAAGAUGGAAUUGCGUUUUGUUCCGACAGACCCGACCUCAUGAAAACAACCACCGCAGCCACUCUUUUCAUCGACCGCUCGACAAAUGUGCCUGAAAUUCAAAAGGCCGAUGGCAUUUUCUCAUUCGACUUGACGUGGGAAGAAAUUCAAUCCCUCAAGCCUCAAAUCGAGAGUUUCUUUGAUGGCGCGCUUGUUAGAAACCCCGCAAACAAGAACAGCGGCAAGCUCGUGACCCUUCCCGAGUUCUUGGAGCUUGCCAAGACAAAUGCUGUCACGGGUGUACUAAUAUCCAUACAGAACGCCGCAUUCCUAGCCAUGAAAGGUCUCGACUUGGUCGACACGGUCUCGUCCGCACUCACCAACGCAACGCUCGACAAACAGUCGACCCAAAAAGUCUUCAUCCAAUCAGACGACAGCUCGGUUCUUCUCAAAUUCAACGACAACCCCACAUACCAACGAGUAUUCUACCUCCAAGAUUCCAUAAGCGGUGCUCCCGAGCAAGUCGCGCGUGAGGUCAAGAAAUACGCGGAUGCCGUUUUUGUCCCCAGGGAUGCCGUCAUGGUGGCCUCCGACAACUUCGCCUUCAACUUCACGAAAACCGUACCGGCACUCCACGCGGCCAACAUCUCGGUUUACGUAGGUGUCCUAAAGAACGAGUUCAUGAACCUUAUAUUCGACUACUUGUCCGACCCGUACGUCGAGCUCGCCACUUUCUAUUCCCAACACGUUGACGGGUUCGUCACGGAUUUUCCAGCCACCGCUAGCUCCUUCGCCCGGUCCACGUGCACCAUCAACGGGUCGGCGUACCUCAUACCACCGGUGCAGCCGGGUUUUCUGUACGAGGCAGAGCCGGUGGCGGAGCCGCCGCUCCUCAGCACGGCUGACGUGGUGGAUCCACCACUUCCGGCCGUGGCCAAGAAUGAGACGGCUGAGUCAGUCAAUGGCACAGCUUCGGAGGCAAAUGGCCCGGCGGCCUCGGGCCCACCACCGCCAGAGACGAGAUCAGCGGCCGGUUUGGUGACAGGUGGCGUCGGGGGUCUCUUUGUCGGCACCGUGGUGGCGCUUCUUCUUACCGUGUUUACAUAG